UUCAGGUUGUGGAGCUGCAGUUUGUCAAAGAUCAGCUGUUCUUCUCUGGUCUCAGCUCUGAAGUCCAACCCCUCCCUCCUGAAACAUCUGAAACAUCUGGACCUGAGUGGGAACCAGCUGCAGGAUUCAGGAGUUGAGCAGCUGUGUGGUUUUCUGGGGAGUCCACUCUGCAGUCUGGAGGAUCUGAGGUUGUGCAGCUGCGGGUUGUCAGAGAUCAGCUGUUCUUCUCUGGCCUCAGCUCUGAAGUCCAACCCCUCCCUCCUGAAACAUCUGGACCUGAGUUGGAACCAGCUGCAGGAUUCAGGAGUUGAGCAGCUGUGUGGUUUUCUGGAGAGUCCACUCUGCAGUCUGGAGAUUCUGGAGUUGGAGCUCUGCCGUUUGUCAAAGAUCAGCUGUUCUUCUCUGGCCUCAGCUCUGAAGUCCAACCCCUCCCACCUGAAGAGGCUCGAGCUGACUAUGAACGACCUACAGGAUCCAGAUGUGAAGCAGCUUGUUGAUCUUCAGAAGAGUCCAGACUGCAGCCUGCAGGAUCUGAGGUUGUGCAGCUGCGGGUUGUCAGAGAUCAGCUGUUCUUCUCUGGCCUCAGCUCUGAAGUCCAACCCCUCCCUCCUGAAACAUCUGGACCUGAGUUGGAACCAGCUGCAGGAUUCAGGAGUUGAGCAGCUGUGUGGUUUUCUGGAGAGUCCACUCUGCAGUCUGGAGAUUCUGGAGUUGGAGCUCUGCCAUUUGUCAAAGAUCAGCUGUUCUUCUCUGGCCUCAGCUCUGAAGUCCAACCCCUCCCACCUGAAGAAGCUCGAGCUGAAUAUGAACGACCUACAGGAUCCAGAUGUGAAGCAGCUUGUUGAUCUUCAGAAGAGUCCAGACUGCAGCCUGCAGACUCUGAGCUGGUGGAACUGAGAGCAGAGAGGAAGCUGUGAGUCCUGAAGAUCUACUGAGGAGAGUAGAGCUUCAUCCAGACUGAGUGACAGAGGAACCACCAGAAGAUCUGCUGAGUGUCAGUGGAGCAGUGUGAAGAGCUGUGAGAGUCCAGCAUCGAACCAGGGUUCCUAUGGGUGUGACACAGAACCAUCACUGUGUGGACUGAACCUGAAUCCUCCGCUGUGUGUCGGUCACACUGAGUGAUCUGCACCGUCACACACCGGUCAGCAGGCUGCUGCAGCUGCUUUGUACAGUGUGGCUGUGGCCGACUGGUCCCAUCAGGACUCAACAUGUCUCCUCUGAGAACCGUCCACAGCUGAUCAGGGAGGAUCAGGUUGCUCCUGCUGCUGCUCAA